AUAAAUAAAUUGUUUUUAAGUGAGGCUAGUUUAUUUAUCAAUACGUCCGAUAAAAAUGUGGAUUUUAAUGCGCGAUUUGAUGACGUAAUGGCGAUGGUCAAACAACAAAUGGAAUGAGCGCCUGCAGGCCCGUUUAGAGUUCUUAAGCGUUAGUUGUCGUCCAACUGGUUCCAGCUGUAUAUACUUAGUAUAAGUUGCCGUAUAAAUACAUUUUAUCCAAUUCUAUGCUGCAUAUUGUUUUGCUGAUGUCUUUAUUCGAAGGUUGAGGAGGUUCUUAUAAGGCCUUCCGCAGUAAACCAUCGGUAGUGUGCUAGCGGCUACACGUUGACCGCCUACUAAUCAGUAAUUGGUCUUUUUGAUAUAUUUGACACCGUCAUCUACGAUGUGAUUGGAGACUGUGUCGUUUCCUACCCAGAAUCGCCCCUGCUCCGACAUAUUUAAUUGGCUAACGUUUUUGACUGACGUGGGUUUGUUUUUCUUUUGAUUGGAUGUUUUUAAACGUUCAUUCAAAAUAGUAUGAAGCUUCGUACAUGGACCAUUGUCAAAUGUUCGGUGCAUCACACUUUUCUGGCUUACUACGACCCUGCAUUGGAUAGUGGUGGUGAAAAUAGAUGGAUAAAACUCACACAGUUUAGGCAUGAUGUCAAACAGUGACUGCCAGACUUAUCUACUAUGCUUUGGUCCCAUUGCAGUUCAUAUGAAUAAGAAUAUAAAGACAAUUGGCUGAAUCAUGUCAGAUGACGGUGAGGUGGACUUUGGGAAUGAGUUCCCCGCACACUACAAGGUCAUGCUGGACAAGCUCAAUGAGCAGCGCCAACUGGACCAGUUUACCGACAUCACCCUAAUUGUGGAUGGACACCAGUUCAGGGCUCAUAAAGCUGUCUUGGCUGCCUGCAGUCAGUUUUUCCACAAGUUUUUCCAAGAUUUUACUCUGGAACCACUGGUGGAGAUUGAGGGGGUCAGCAACUCUGCUUUCCGACACUUGAUGGAAUUCACCUACACCGCCAAGCUGGUGGUCAGCGGCCAUGAGGAGGUUAAUGAUGUGUGGAAAGCAGCCGAAUAUCUACAGAUGCAGGAGGCCAUCAAAGCCCUCAACAAUAGGAUUAACAGCAGUGCUUCCUUUGGUACAAGCCCAACCCUGACGGGGAAGAGCAAGGCGAAAAAAAGAAGGAUUGCAGAGACCUCAAACGUCAUCACUGAGUCACUGCCUUCUGUGGAGACAGAGCCUGUAGAGAUCGAGGUGGAGAUCUCUGAGGGCUCUAUCGAGGUGGAGGAGGCUGGGCUGGAGGAGAUGGUGAUGAACGCAGCCAAAAAUGCCCAAAGUGCUGAGGGUUCCUCAGAUGACUCAGCAUUGGCACUACUAGCUGACAUCACCAGCAAGUACCAGCAGGGGGAGCCAGCUCUCCGAGUAGUGACAAAGGGAGGCGAGGAAGUAGUGCUGCAGGAUGAGAGUGUUGUGGCCCCUAAGGCCCUGGAGGGCAUCGAGGUGGUGGAGGUGCAGAUCUCACAACUGGACAACAUGUUCCGGUGUGACAAAUGCGAGCGCUCCUUCAAGCUCUUCUACCACCUAAAGCAGCACAUGAGGUCGCACGUGGCUGGCACGGACAAGCCGUACACCUGCCGGCACUGUGCCAAGGCUUACGCACGUGAGGGUGCCCUCAAGCAGCACCUCAACAGCUGCCACUUCGAGGCGGAGGAGCAGUCGAGGCGCCACCGGCCACAGAAGAAGGUGCACGUCUGCGAGUACUGUGACAAACAGUUUGACCACUUCGGGCACUUCAAAGAGCACCUGCGCAAACACACAGGUGAGAAACCGUUUGAGUGUCCAGAUUGCCAUGAGCGAUUUGCCCGGAACAGCACACUCAAAUGCCACAUGGCAGCCUGUCAGAAUGGCUGUGGAGCGAAGAAAGGCCGCAAAAAGCUUUAUGAAUGUCAGGUGUGCAGCAGCGUAUUCAAUAGCUGGGACCAUUUUAAAGACCAUCUUGUGAUCCACACGGGGGAGAAGCCCAACCACUGCACGUUGUGUGACCUGUGGUUCACCCAGCCUCGAGACCUGCGCACACACCUGCGUGACAUCCACGGAGCCACUUCCGUAGAGGAGGUGCUGAUUGCACAGCCCAGCCCCGCCGUGGUGGCUGUGGUGACCUCUGAGGAGGAGGCCGGGGCCCUGCUGGAGGAGGACGGCAUGCGGGUGGAGCACGUGACUGUGGAGCCUGUGGAUGUGGAGCAGGUGGAAGAAGCCGUGGUGAUGGAGGAGGAUCCAGAGGAGAAACCCCUGUCACAGGAUGAGGAGGAGGCACUACAGGUGUGCAAGGUGGAGGAAGGAGAACUCACUGAGGUACAGCAGGAUGAUGGGACAGAGGUAGAGAUCCAAGUGGGGCAGGUGACAGGCAACGGGGAGCAGCCCGUGUCGGACUUGGAGGUCCAGGUGGCACAGGAACAGGUGGAGACGCACGUGGAGGACUGUGAGGCUGAGGCUGUGGAAGUAUGAGAAAUACCCAAUAAUCAUCCGUCUCCAAGCCCUUGGCCCAAAGAAACGAGGAUUUGUAAUGUACAUUUACAAAAUUAAUCAGAAACAGGUGUUUCUCUCUUGCUCCGCCUCCUGCACACCUUGGAAUAAAUUUGAAGGUUUUUAUAGCUUGAUGACCAAAUGAUUUCAAACCCUUUUCUAUUUUAAUAUUUUAUGGUUAUCAUACAUGUCAUGGAUGCUGAGAGUUGGUUUGCUCAACGCAUCUGGCAACCAUGUCCUUUGGAGUCUUGCAGAUCUUCCUACCUUCUACCUGACAUGUUGGAACUCAAAGCUGCUUUGGUGUCCUCAGGAAGCACUUUGCUUAGUCAUGACUCUGAGACAGCAUAACCAUAUGCCCCAAGCAUUCAGGUUCCUGAUCAGGACCCAGCUCUAUCCAGUUAGUAGCUACCCUUCUCUGUAAAUGAAGAUUGCCUGUUUUGGACUAGCUCUGAGGAGCUUGAGGUAACAUUAGGAGAUGAGGAGACUGGCAGAGUCCUGGAGUGCUAGGAGCUACAUAUCCCACAGAGAGAGAAACGGACAUGGCCUGCUUUGUGUUUACCUUUAUCCGGCUGCAGUCCGUGAAAUAACACUGUGGCACAUUCUCUAGUGAUGAAGAAUUUCAAAAAGCUCCAGCAGGAUCAUACGUACAGUUUUUUUUCCCCCCCAUUCAGUUUUUAUGUUCCCAGAUGAUAGUUGCAUUAUUAAUUUGUUACAUAAAUUCUUCUGUUUUGUACAGAAAAAUAAAAAAGAAUGCUAUA